UGCAGCACUGAAAUGUUUGACAACGGCAUAACGACGUGACAACGCUCAAGAUUUUAAAAGUACAAUUAAUAUAGUCAGAGUCGUUUUAUGAGUCCUUCUGCACUUAAAUUAGCUAAUUUGACAGAACUACGGUAUAAACCUUGAUUUUGGUACAUCAUGGAUCAAAAGAAGGAAGCUCUGGAUGCAAUCGAUCGGAUCAUCCUGAUGCGUGCUUUGGAGACAGCACUGGAGUCCUCCUCGGAUAGCAGUUCCUCGUCUAGUAACGAUUCAUGGCUGGAGGAUUCCUCAUCAGACGAAGAUGACCUUUUACCACUGCUGUUGUUACGGUACAGUGUGGAAAACGACGGAUGUACCGCCAAACGGAAAGCAAUCAAAGCAUCACACAAAAGCAUGGGUAUCGUUCCGCGCACGCUGCCGCAGCUUCCCGAUCACGCUUUUCCUCAGCAGAUACGGAUGUCCAAGAGUUCGUUCGAGCGCAUCUUGGAAUUAGUUAAAAACGAUGACAUUUUCAACAAGCACAACAACGCAAAAUGCACUCCAGCGGACCAAGGCUUUCAGCUGUACGUUGCUUUGUAUAGUUUUACAUCCUACGGAAAUUCACCAAGUCUUAAACCUGUCGCAGCUCAUUUUGGUGUCAGUGAGGGCACGGUCCGUCUAUACACGUCCCGUAUCAUUUGUGCCUUGCUUAAGCUGGAGCCGAAAUAUGCAGACUGGCCAGAUGAGAAUGAACGCCGGGAUAUAUCACGCCGUAUCAAGGAGAAACAUCGAUUUCCGGAUUGUGUUGGGUUCUUCGAUGGGACUCUUGUUCCUUUACUUAAGAAACCGGCAGUGCAGGGGGAAGAAUAUUUUUCACGGAAAGGAAAAUACGCCAUAACUGUCGGCAUGGUUUGCGAUGACAAAAUGCGCAUUCGACACGUUAUUUCGGGAUACACUGGUUCAGUGCGCGCAAACCGGGUGUACGGGAACUGCAAAUUAGCUAAAAACCCUUCUAAUUAUUUUUCCGGCGAUGAAUAUUUGGUUGGUGACAAUGCAUACGGUAUCUCAUCAAUAAUGAUACCGCCAUACAAAUGUGAUCGGUCGAACGUUGAGUUUAACGUUCGUCAUGCGAAACUCCGCUUACCAGCUGAAAGUACGUGUGGGAUGUUGAAGGAACGUUUCCAGUCUUUGAAGGGUUUGCCAAUUGAUGUUAAUUGUGGAAACGCACACGCGCGGUGUAAUUUCUGGAUUCGUGCAUGUUGUGUGCUGCACAACAUUGUACUGGACACCGAAUCCCGAGAUACCAAGGACACAGCAGUUGAUGAAAAACAUAGCACCCUGUUGGAGGAAGUUGACACCGUGACCAACCACUAAGGUCACACCCGCAAAGUCGUACACCACAUAACCCACCAAACCGGCGCCAAUAUCGUCUCCGGAGCAUUGUUAUUCGCGACAUGGAUCGAAACGUUUUCGUGCAGCCUGAAUCUUUUAACUGAGCGUACGUGACGUUUAUAUUAUUCCUUUCCGCAUCGCUAUUUAGAAAAAUUGGCUGGAAUGAUAACGGCUACCCAGUACCCACUGUCAAAUGCCAAGUGAUUCGUUAAUAUUUUGCUGCUUUGUUUCAUUAUAACCAUACAAAAUGUUGUUUUCGAAAUUGUUUUUACGCAAAACACCUCUUCUAAUUGUGGUUUUCUCUAUUAGCGCUCUCUGCCUUUCGUUUUCAUUUGU